AUGGCGGUCUCUGAGAAGCAAGAACCUGAGCAGGUCGCUCCCCCGGCCGAUGCUCCGGCUGAAGAGCCCAAGAAGGAGGAAAAGGCAGAGCUGCCGCGAUGGAAACAAACGCUGGUCUUCUUUCGCCUGCUCCUGGCGGCCGACCCGACACCGCUCGACAUCUUCCUCAUCAUCUUCGCAACCAUCACCGCCAUCGGCGCGGGUGUGCCGUUCCCUCUCAUGGGAGUCCUCUUCGGUCAGCUCGUCGAUAACAUGAACUCCGCCACCUGUGCCGCCGAAGACGGUAUCGACGCCUUCGCCUACGAGGCCGCCAUCAACGACAAGGUCAUCAAGACGUGCAUCGUCGCCGCCGCCGCCUUCGUCCUCAUCUACAGCUACAUCCUCGCCUGGAGCAUCAUCAGCCAGCGUCUCGCCCAACGCAUGCGCACCAAGUACGUCUCGUCCCUGCUGAAGCAGCCGCCCUCGUUCUUCGACAAGCGCGCCUCGGCCGGUGAGGUCUCGAGCAGACUGCACGGCGACAUCACGGCUAUUCAGUCCGGUACCUCGGAGAAGGUCGGCAUCAUCCUCGCCAGCUUGAGUUUCUUCGUCACCGUCUUCGUCAUCGCUUUCACGAAGCAGCCUAAGCUUGCCGGCAUGUUGGUCUCGAUGUUCCCGGCUUUCCUGCUGUCUUCGUUCUUUGGCGGUUCCUACAUCACCAAGUACAGUGGCAUCAUGACCCAGGCCAUUUCGUCCGCCUCCUCGAUUGCUUCCGAGGCUCUGUCGCACGUGUCGGUCGUGCAGGCUUUCGGUGCCGGACCCCGCCUGGAGGCCAAGUUCGCCGACCACAUGAUCGAUGCUCGCAAGGCUGGUAUCAAGAAGGCUGCUGUUGCCGCCAUCCAGGCCGGUCUUCUCUACUUCAUCGCUUACGCCGGAAACGCUCUUGCUUUCUGGCAGGGCAGUAUCAAAAUCGCGGACUCCAUGGCUGGUCGCGGCAACGGCGCCUCCGUCGGUGAGAUCUACGCCGUUGUUUACCUGCUCGUUGAUGCCUGCAUCAUGCUUGGCUCCAUCGCCCCUAUCCUGCCCGUCUGUGGAGGUGCGGCGGCCGCCUACAAGCGUCUGAUGGAGGACAUCGAAGCACCCUCGGAGAUCGAUGGUACCUCCGACGAGGGCAAGGUCCUGCCCCUGAACGACCCCAAGGGAAUUACUCUCCAGAACGUCACCUUCGAGUACCCUUCCCGCCCCGGCCAGCCCGUACUCCGCAACGUCAACCUCGAGUUCCCCGCCGGCAAGUACACGGCCGUCGUCGGUCUCUCCGGCAGUGGAAAGUCCACCAUCGCCGCCCUCCUCGCUCGUCUUCAGGACCCUAACCAGGGAGCCAUUUUCCUCAACGGCACCGACCUCCGCGAGCUCAACGUCCGCAGCCUUCGUAGCUUCAUCAGCUUCGUCCAGCAAGAGCCUUCCCUUCUUGACCGGUCUAUCCUCGAGAACAUUGCGCUGGGUUUGAUCAACUCUCCCAAGGAGGAACACCAGCACCUCAAGCCUUUCCUCAACGGACACCAGCUCGCCGAGAUCGCCUCCAAGGGCAAGGAAGCUCUCACUUCCGUCGAUGGCUAUGGAUCCGAGGUUCGCGAAAUCGUCGAGUUGGUUCGCCACGCUGCCGAGCAGGCUGAUGCCGCGACCUUCAUCAACCGCCUUGACGAUGGCUACGGCACCAUGGCCGGACCCAGUGGUUCUCUUGUCAGUGGUGGCCAGCGCCAGCGCAUCGCCCUCGCCCGUGCCUUGAUCCGCGACCCCAAGAUCCUCGUCCUGGACGAAGCCACCUCUGCCCUUGACUCUGCCAGUGAGAAGCGUAUCCAGCGCGCCGUCGAGCAGGCCGCCACCGAGAACCGCACCAUCGUCUCCAUCGCUCACCGUCUCUCAACUAUCCGCAACGCCGACAGCAUCGUUGUCAUGGAAGCCGGCGAGGUCGUCGAGCAGGGCAGCUACACUGAGCUCAUGGCCCGUGAGGACGGUGCUUUCGCUCGCAUGGCUCGCCUCCAGACUCUCGGCACUACCGACCGCGCCCCCAGCUCCGUCUCUGGCGACUCUCUCGAUGCCUCCACCCUCAAGACUGACCACGUCAUCAACGAGAAGAUCGAAGCCGAGGACCCCGAUGAGCCUACCAAGGAAGCCUUGAAGAAGGAGAAGAGCAGCGACGAGGAGGAGAAGAAGGACGACGACCCGGCUGUUGGCGAGGAGAAGCCUUACAGCGCCGUCAUGAAGGGCCUUGCUCACCUCAUCCGCCCUUCCACUGCCUGGUUGAUUGUCGCCAUGAUUGCUGCCACCAUCGUCGGAUGCACCUUCACCGGUUCCGGUCUCAUCUUCGGUCACACCGUCGGUGCUCUCAACCCCUGUGCCAGCACCUACGACAAGAUUCUCUCCAUGGGUCGCUUCUUCUCCGGUCUUCUCUUCGCCCUUGCCUGCAUCGAGCUCUUCGCCAACUUCUUCGCCUGGUCCUGCUUCGGUGUGGUCGCUGAGAAGCUUCUCUACUCGGUCCGCAUUCUGUCUUUCCGUUCUUUGAUGGAUCAGGAUGUUCAAUGGCACCAGUCUGAAGGCCGUUCCCCCUCCGGUCUGCUCACCAUCAUCACCAAGGACAGUGCGGCCAUUGGUGGUUUCAGUGGUUCGACCAUUGGUACCGUCUUUGCCAUCUGCGUCAACGUCAUUGUUGCUGUCAUUCUGUCUCACAUCAUUGCCUGGAAGGUCGCCAUUGUCUGCUUGGUCACGAUUCCUCUCCUUCUCGGUUCCGGAUUCAUGCAGCUGCGCAUGCUGGCCCGUUACGAGGAGCGCCACUCUGCUGCCUUCUCGACCGCUACGUCCGUCGCCACCGAGGCCGUCCAGUCCAUCAAGACCGUUGCCGCGCUCUCGCUCGAGAAGGAGGUCAUGGUCUCGUACGAGCGCCUGCUGGCCCCUCCCAAGAAGCAGAUGGUCAAGGCAUCCGCUACCACCAACAUCUUCCUGGCCAUCUCCAACGUUACCGGAACCUUCGUCAACGCCCUGGCCAACUGGUGGGGAUCUCAGCUCAUCAUGAAGGGCGAAAUCUCCCAGACUCAGUUCCUCAUCAUUCUCGUUGCCAUGCUCAUCAGUGCCCAGCUCUGGGGUACCAUGUUCGCCCUUGCCCCCGAGUUCUCCCGCGCCCGUACUGCCCUGUCUCGCAUCAUGAACGUCAUCAGCCUCGGCAAGAACGACGACCUCAGCAAGACCGGCACUCAGCCCCAGGUGCUCGCUGGAGAUUCCACCAAGCAGGAGGACCCCGAGAAGACCGGGGAGGCCAAGGAGCCCAAGGCCCCCCGUCCCAACGCUGGUGGCGUCAAGGUGACCUUCAAGAACGUCUCCUUCUCUUACCCCAGCCGCCCCGACGUCAACAUCCUCGACAACGUCUCUUUCACCCUCCAGCCCGGCCAGUUCUGCGGUCUCGUCGGUCCCUCCGGAGCCGGCAAGUCCACCAUCAUGAACCUCGUCCAGCGCCUCUACUUCCCCUCCGCCGGCCAAGUCCUCAUCGACGGCCACGACAUCGCCAACCUCCCCCCUUCCUUCCGCGACACCGUCGCCAUCGUGCCCCAAGACCCUACCCUCUUCGACGGCAGCGUCCGCUUCAACGUCAACUUGGGUUCCGCCCCCGAUACCGACGCCACCCAGGAGGAGAUCGAGGAGGCCUGCAAGCUCGCUAACAUCCACGACGUCAUCAUGUCCCUGCCCGACGGCUACGACACCGAGUGCGGUCCCUCCGCCACCCGUCUGUCGGGCGGUCAGCGCCAGCGUCUCGCCAUUGCCCGCGCCCUGGUCCGCAAGCCUCGCCUCCUCCUUCUCGACGAGAGCACCAGCGCCCUCGACGCCGCCUCCGAAGCCGCCCUCCAAGAGGGUCUCGAGCGCGCGUCUCGCGGCACGACGGUGCUGGCGAUCACCCACCGCCUGCACACCGUGCACAAGGCCGAUGUCAUCCUCCUCGUCGAGGGUGGCCAGAUCGUCGACAGUGGUAAGCACCACGAGCUGAUGGAGAGGAGGGAGAGCUACAGAAUCAACGCCAUGCAGCAGAUGCUGCAGUAA